AUGGAUGAACUCAUUUACUACAAUGCAAGAGGUAAUCCUCAGGAUAAAAAACAUUCGACAGCAUUCUCCUACUUAGUUUCCCUGCAUACUACUAAGACUUUCCAUCAAUACAGACAAUCACCAUCAUCGCCAAAUGCAUCGGUAAACUUGUCGACCGGUCAUGGUUCUCACCUUCUUGUUGCUCUCCCAGAGAAACCGACUCUGCAUGUCUAUUUGUAUGGUAAAGAAUCGCCCGAACAAUAUAUACCGUUACCGGAAAUCAUGACAUGUCUCUCCACUUACAAGGAUCCAAACGAGAAAACACCAUCUCUCUUACUAGGUGGCUCUAUUUCAGGUAGACUCUAUGUCUGGUCUCUCAAUUCGGGCCUCUUGAUCACAGUAAAGCAGGCGCAUUACCAGCCUCUCACCCAUAUUGCAGCCUAUUCCGGAUUCAUUGCGACAGGAUCUAAAGAUUCAAGAGUUGUCAUUCAUUCGUUAAAUACCCUAUUGAUCAAUGGAUGUGAUGAUGAUUUAAAGAGCGAUAACGCAUUUGCAAUUUUGACAGAUCAUACAUUGCCAAUCACCUCGUUGAACUUCAACAAAGGACUUAAUAACGACCUCAAAUUGGUCACUUCUUCUCUGGAUUCAACUGUCCGUGUCUAUUCGAUCACAUUAUCAUCCCAGGCCAAGUUAGCUACCACCAUUGUUUCAACAGAUGCAGUUACCUCGGUAGCACUAGACCCUGCAAUGAGGGCAUUAUAUCUGGGCUUAAACAAUGGACAAAUCCGAUACGUCCCAUUGUUCAAGGCUAAUCCUAGAACUAAGGUGAUCGAAGCGGUAGGUGGAUUAGGCAAAAUCGUUACUCUGAAACCUGAUGUUGAUUACUUAGAUACAUUCACUUGUCAUCAAGACCAUCAUAAAAACGCCAGCGAUUUAUUCAUUUCUCAACUAAAACUGUCACUGGAUGGAACUCUGUUAGUCUCUGGUGAUAGCAAGGGUUGUUUGUUUGUUGUUGACAUAACCACCAAGCAAAUAAGAAAAAAAUUAAAGGAGCUAGUUGGACAAAUCAGUAAUAUAGAGCUAUGGACCAUAAAGGCGGAUGAUUCUAAAUUCGACAACUCGGGUGUCGACAAGUCUGUUAUGAGAUCCAUUCCUAUAUUGAAGAGAUCCAUAAUGGAGGAAAAGGACUUGAAUAAUCAAAACUUACUAAUGAAACUUACAACCACUGGGCCAAAGGAUGUAUGGAACUUGUCCAAGUUUCUAAAAGACGUGCAGAGUGAGGAGAAGGUUUUUGCUAACUUUACAUCUGUGGAUUCUCAAACGAUAAAUUCUUCUGGAUUCUCGAUUAACAUUGAUAAAACAACCAUUAAAGAUCUCAAACAAGAAGUUGCCGAAAAAACCAGUGCCUUUGAGGAGCUCAAGUCUAAAUAUGACGAGUUGCUAACGGAGUACUCCUCACUCGUCUCCAAAAACUAG